GCUAUUCAAAAAACCGUAAUGCGGGGCCACUGCGCAUGCGUCCGACCAUCAGUCAAAGCAAAUAUUAACGACAACAGAAAUGGCGGCAGACUUGAAUCGAUCCAGCAUUCCAUUCUAUGAUUACCACCAACUGCCUACAAAAGGUAUCACUCAGUCUUGUGAUUACAUUAACUCUUGGAAAUCAAAUACAGGUAAAAUGCCUACGUCCAGUGAAACAGCAGUGUCCUCCAGCCGACCUAAGACUGACCAGUUCCUCUGCCAGGACCAUUAUGAUUUACAUGCAGCUGCAGAACUUGCAGGCUGCAGGUAUAACAGCUGCAGCAGCAACGAAUCCUUUGAAAACAACCAAUCUUUUCCAAAGAUCAGCUUUCCCAAGAAUCGUGGGUGCCAAAAGACGGCCGGACAGAACCAUACUGCGUCUGCUAAUGAACUUGGUGCACCUUUAUUCACUGACACAGAUUAUCCUGGAAAGCAAUUGGCAAAAAGCAGCAUUUUAAACUCCCAAUAUCCUCCCACAAAAGAAGGACCAGCCACUUGUUGCAAACACUCUGGACAAAAAGAGCCCCUGGAGCCCUUUCAAAAUUCUUUCAAUGAAAUAUCCGAGGAUCUAUCUUGUACCGAUGUCUCUUUCAGCAAAUAUGUCGAAGUCCCUUACCCCGGAGACUGUUCUUUGUUGCCUUCGACUAUUCGGAACCCAAACAAGGCUAUAUUUACCAUCGAUGCUAAAACAUCUCAGAUUCUCACAGCUAAUGAGAUGGCUUGUGCACUGUUUGGUUACAACCGAGCAGAUAUGAUUUGCCGCUGUUUGACGGAUUUGGUCCAACUGAAGAGAAAGGAUCAACAAACCAUUAUGGAAUCUUACCUUCAACCAAGUGGACAGGUGAUUAGUAUCGCUGGCAAAGUGGUGGAAGCCAUCGACAAAGAUGGAUUAGUUCUACCAGUGUCUUUAUGGAUGAAACGAGUUGACUACAACAAGAAGUCUCGCUGUCUUGUGGCCAUGGAACCAAUUCACAGACUUAUCUGUUCAAUUUACUUUGAUAUCAAGGGAGAGAUAAUCAGGUGUGAUGAGAAGCUGUCCUGUUUCUUUGGUUACAGCAACAAUGAGGACAUCAACGGAGCAAAUAUAACUCAGUUGAUUCCAGCAUUUAAGCUACCAAAACUUUUCCAGAGAUUGACCAAGAACAUAAAGAAACAGAGAGCAACUGGGAAAACCUUGGAUGGUUCCAUUUUCCCUCUUACCAUACACGUCCAUCCAAUAGACACAGCUUCUGAUGAAGAGGAUAAUAGUUUACGCCAAGAUUCUGCUUGUAGAUUAACCAGUAUCUUUGAAGGUGUCGUUUGUAUUUUCUCCACCAUCACCGGGCUCAUAACAUUCUUUCCUGAUGGCACAAUACACAGCAUUAAUCACCAUUUCGCACUGAUGCUCUUUGGUUAUUCAAGUUCGGAACUUAUCGGCAAGACUAUCAGCACACUGAUUCCUGAUUUUUAUUCCAUUGUGAGUUCAAUGAACGUCUCAUCUAGUAAUCAUUGCAAUUCAAGUCUGCUGAAAAACUCCGUUAGCGAGACAUCAACGCUGUCAAAGAAAGGGAAGAGAAAAGGCUCCAAAAGGGCUACCCUCGAAGGAAAUAUAGCACACCACAAGCACCAAGAAAUGCUGAAAGAAAACCAGUUUAUGGAAAGAAAUGCUGAAGAAAAGGGCACGCUUGAUUUCAGUGACUGGAUGAAGGAUGUGGAGGAGCUGAAACCUGAAAGUUCUUCGACCCCAUAUCGUUCUUCAAAAAGCUUAAACCAUAAUGAAAUCACCCCUUCUGUGAUAGAUGAAGAUCUGUUAUUUCUGCCUUCCGUUAAAAUGAAGGACAGGCAGCAUGAGCCAAUUUUGACCAAAGAUUUGUUCUCGAACCCUGAAGAAAGUUCUGUUGUGAUACUGGAACCAGAUCCUCUUGAAGGCAUUACUAGAAAGCCUGAAGAGUCUAAAUGUGUCCCAGAUGUUGGAAUUGCAAAAGCUCACUCUGCGCUGUCCGUUGAGGAGCAACAACACGAUGGUGAUGACGGUGGUGGUGAUCAUGUUUGCAACCAGUUUGAAGAUGGUGCCAAGACAGCCAAAGAUUUAAAGACCAGUAAAAUCACUUCCAUCGAGGAUACAAAGACUCCUGUAGAAUCUAAUUUAUAUAUUAGCGGCAAUACUGAAAACACACCUGGUGAGAAAUUAUUCCAUAACAAGAGCUUACACCUGGAAAACACCAGCCCACCUGACCAAAAUCUCAAUGAUAAGGCUGAUGAGAAUCUCCUAACAGAGGCUAUAGUGAUAAAACAUGAUAACAGUUUCCUUUGUAAAACCAAGCUCUGUUCAAGAACACAGUCCGUUGGUUCUGAACUGACUUUAAUUGAAUCUAAGAUGAAAGCCCUUCAAGUAGACUGCGAACUGCUGCCCAGUGAAUUUGGUUCCGACAACAACCUCGACAAUGAACGCUUUAAUGAGAAUGUGGUGGCUGCUGAUGGUAUAGGCGAUGUUAAUGACCGCAAGAAGACUCUGACAAGAAAGCGCGAAGUUGAUAAGAAAGAACCCAACAUUAAUCUUAUAAACAGGAUGAGCGUUUCCCUGACGGAGUCGGUUUCCAAACAAGCCCCUCCGUCGAACUAUAAAUUACGGCGGAGAAGGAGUUUCAAAGCACUGCCUCCCAGGAAAAUGUGUUUUGAAAGAUCCAAAACAGAUAAAAUGCUAGCAUCCUCUGAAGACUCUGAAGAAGACAGCUUUGAACUUUUGGAGAAAGAAAUUCAAAAGUCUUGUCAGGGAAAAGAAUAUGAUGAAGACCUCCUUGACAGCGGUGAUAUAUUAAGCUCUUUUGGCAGUUCAAAGAAAACUGAAGAUAUGCUGCAAAAGAGUUUAGUGAUCCCGGAUAUAGUAGAAUCUCCAACCGGUAGUAAUAAAACCCAGCUGAGCAAAUUGGCCUUUGAUAACGUUCCGGUCCCCGAUCCUCGUCUUCACGAGACGGUGAUUUCCGAAGCUGUACUGAAAACAUCGGUCGUCAAGCAUCUGUCUCCGAACUACCAGAAGACAGCCAUGCGGAACAGCCACAUUCAGCGAAACAAGACCAAGAGUGAGAUGGAUGACGUCCCUGAGGACAGCGAAUCGGUUCAAGAAAACCUCAGCAACCUCGAUGAGUUCACGGACGGAGAGUUUUCCGGAAUGUGUGUUCACAAGGAUGGAUCCUACAUUGGUAUAAAUUUUGCCAUCAACCCAAUGUUGCUGGAAUCAGGAGAGUUGAUGUUUUGCAUGUGGGUAAGCCAAGACUUGGAGAAUGCAUCCGUUGCUAGUUUACGUGCUGGGUUCACCAGCUGUUCCAAUGAUGAAUCAAUCCAUUCUGAAGAUCUGUCUUGUUCAUCACAUGGUGGCUUUGGAGGAGGAACAAAAUGCAACGGAGACGGUGAAGAGUCAUACCCAUUAUGCAAAGCAUACGACUUGAAUUACCAGAACCUGCGCACCAUUGGUCACGGGGCAUUUGGGUUUGUUGUGGUAUCACUAAACAAGUCAUCCGACACCGAGGUAAUUGUGAAAUAUAUCCUUCGUUCUAAAGUCCUGACUGAAAACUGGAGAGAUGAUCCCGUUCACGGUCGGAUUCCUCUAGAAGCAUCGAUGCUAACACAGCUGUCUCAUCCAAAUAUUGUUCAAGUUCUUGAUGUUUUUGAUAGUAAAGACUAUGUUUUAAUGGUAAUGGAGAAACACGGAAGUGGCAUGGAUUUGUUUGAAUUCAUUGAACACAAGCCCAACCUGGAUGAACCCCUGGACAGCUAUAUCUUUCGCCAAAUUGUGUCUGCCGUUGCAUAUCUGCACCGAGCUGGUAUUGUACAUCGUGAUCUUAAAGAUGAGAACAUCAUUGUCAAUGAACAGUUCCACAUAAAGCUGAUAGACUUUGGAUCAGCCGCUUACAUAGAACCGGAGAAAAUGUUUGCCACGUUCUGUGGCACUGUGGAGUACUGCAGCCCUGAGGUGCUCAUGGGAAACUGGUAUGAAGGACCCGAACUGGAAGUUUGGUCAAUGGGGGUCACUCUCUACACCCUUGUCUAUGGAGAGAACCCUUUCUUUACUGUUGAUGAUAUUCUGGAAUGUAAUUUCAAUCCACCCUAUCAAGUGUCCGAGUAUUUGACUGACUUGCUGCAUUGGAUGAUGCUGCCUGACCCUGCUGAUCGUAUGAACAUUGAGGAACUUGAGCAUGACACGUGGGUGUUUCAGCCUUUAAAUAUAGAAAACUACAGCUGGGCUCAAGUGAUGCACCACGAACCCUCCAUGACAACUUCAGAUUACAAUGUGAACUACGAGCCGGUCUCUUAUGCAGACAUUUUCAGCCUUAGCUGUGCUCCACGAAUCUCUUCCGUCCGACCUUUCACCAGACAAAGUACCAGACCCCACUAUCUGUCGUAUUAAGAAAAAAAAACAAAACAAAAAACAAAUAAAACUUAUAAAAACAAGAAACAAACAACUCGAAACGUGAACCACCUGAAUCAGCAACAGAAUUCUUUUUACACACACACACACAUACCAACACCCACACUCACCUACACACACACAUAUACUCACCAUCAUAUACACACAUAUAUACAUCCACACUAAUGCACUCAGACUUUUGCAUGCUGUGCUUUUUUUUUUUCUUUAAAAAAAAAAUUACACGUGCUGUGGUCAUUGAAUGGAUUAGAUCUAGAGACAGAGGGCUUUCGUAACGAAAUACAAAAAAAAAAAAAAGGAAAAACAGGAGGGAAUACAAAAUAUAUAUAUAUAUAUAUAUAUAUAUAUAAAAAAAAA